AUGGGUAUGAUGGAAGUUGAUAGGAGCAACACUGGUCCCCUUAGAAAGGCAAAUAAUGAAGAGUUUGAGAUAGAGAUAGGUAGCGAUGAAGAUGUCGCUGAGCCGGGCUUAGAUCAUCCCAUGGAAAGACGUAUAGUGCGGAAGAUGGAUCUUUGUUUACUUCCGCUAAUGUGCAUUCUCUAUUUCCUAUCCAACCUGGAUAAAUCCAAUAUCGGUAAUGCAGCGAUUGCUGGAAUGACUGAAGACCUCAAAUUGGUUGGAAACCAGUAUGGUAACUGUGUUACUGUAUUCUUUGCAACGUAUAUUACAUUCGAUCCAAUAGGUGCUAACUUAAUGAACAUUGUUGGUGCACCCGUGAUGAUGACGGGAUGCAUUAUUGGUUUCGGGCUAAUUUCAUUAUGCACUGCUUGGGUGAAAAAUUAUUGGCAACUGCUUUUGAUUCGUAUCUUGCUCGGCGCAUUCGAAGGUAACAUAUACCCCGCAAUAAACAUGUAUUUAUCGGUUUGCUAUAGACGGGAACAAUAUGCUAUCAGGUUUGCAUGGGUAUUCUUCGCCGCUUGUGUAUCAUCAUCGUUCGGUGGUCUGAUUUCGUACGGAUGCGCGCAUAUUAAGGGUUCGUUGAACGCUUGGCAGUACAUCUAUAUUGUUGAGGGCGCCCUAACACUUGCUGUUGUGCCUUUUUAUUGGUUUGGGUUAAGCAAAAAUUUACAGGACUCAUGGUUUUUCAACAAAGAAGAGAGAGAGUAUAUCAUCAGGCGAUAUGAAACAAUGUAUACCUAUAAUCCGAAUGAACGUUUUGAGUGGAGGCAGCUGUGGCUGGCUGUGAGGGAUGUCAAAACAUGGAUUUCAGCUAUUUCACUGUUCUGCAUUGAUUUAACGACUUUCGGCUUAACGAUUUUUAUGCCUAUUAUUAUAUCUGGAAUGGGAUUCACUCACAUAAGGGCCCAACUAAUGACUGUACCAGUUUAUUUCUUUACAGCAAUUACGUUUUUUAUCUGCGCAUAUCUGUCCGAUAAGCUUCGUUUACGUUCUCCGUUUAUUGUUGGCGCAUGCGUCACAUGCGCCAUUGGACUCGCAAUUGUUCUUGGUUCCCAUUCAAAUGCCGUCAAGUUCUUUGGCAUCUUUGUUUUAGCUUUGGGAAUUUAUGUUAAUGCAUCAACAAACUGUCUAUGGCUGAGUGGCAACGUGAGCAACUACUACAAGAGAGCUACUGCACUGGGAAUCAAUCUGUUCAGCGGCUCUUCUUCAGGCUUGGUGGCCGGUCAAAUAUUUACUGAGGCGGAAAAACCGGGCUACAAAACUGGUUUAACUCUUUGUAUGAGUCUACAGAUAGCUGCCAUAUUCCUGACACUAUUACAGUUGUUCUGCUACUAUCGUCUGAAUAAGAAGAAGAAAGCUAUGCUCGCCCAAAGUGAUAAAGAAGAGCUCAAAUUCGAUCGCAGUCUAGGCGAUGAAAACCCCCAUUUCUUAUAUAUGUACUGA